UAGGGUCUCUGUCAGGUCACUCAUCUCAUGGUUUCUCAUGUGUAUUUCUCUCUCUUUCUCUCUCUCUCUCGCUGCUCGGCUGCGCGAUAUUAUCUACAGUUGGCCAUGUCUCCAUCAGUGGUUGGAGAUGAGACCGAACCGGAAAGAAUGUCCUGUCUGCAAAGCUGGCAUCAGUCAGGAGAAGGUGAUCCCUCUGUACGGGCGAGGGAGCAGCAGUCAGCAAGAUCCCAGGUUGAAGACUCCGCCCAGACCACAGGGCCAGAGAACGGAACCUGAGACUCGAGGGGGUUUCCAGGGAUUUGGCGACACUGGAUUUCACAUGUCCUUCGGAAUUGGAGCUUUUCCGUUUGGAUUCUUUACAACAGUCUUCAAUUCCAGUGACAACAGACAGAGACCAGAUCAUGACCGACACCAUCCGACCAACACUGGUAUCGACUGGGGCACCUACUUUGGGCCGAACAAUAACAGCAACAACUGGGACUCGCUUUUCCUGUUUGUGGCCAUCUUUUUCUUCUUCUGGCUGCUCAGUGUGUGAUUGGUAGAAAUGUGGGCAAAGAUUUCCUGCCAUCUAUUGGGGGUUCAUACUGAUCAAUAAAUACCAAAGCCAACCAGAUCCCAGCUCCCUCCCAGGCACAUUCCCCACCCUGUCUGUGUCUCCUCGAACACCAGGCUAAGGGGCAGGACUGUCACUUGUACCUGAUUUAAUAAACGCACGGAGGCAGCCGUGCUGGUCAGCUGGCCCUCAGUGUUGUGAGGGCAGUCAGUGAACGGCCAAGGCUUCUCUCGCACUCUUCCUCCUCCCAUCUUCCCUCACCCCUUCUCUCUCUCCUCUCCCCCCCUCUUGUCCCCUCCCCCCCCAACUUGCGCCCUCUCUCUCUCCCCCCGUCGCCCUCUCUCUCUCUUCCCUCACCCUGUCUCUCUCUUCCCUCGCCUCUUUUCUCUCUCUCUAUGUAUAUUCAAUGCACUUUACUCCAUCUCGCUGACCUGUGACCUCUGGAGAAAAGCUAACUGGGUCCAUUGAGCCUCUGGGUGUGCAGAGGUGUGUGUGGACUGGGCAAUCCAGUCGCUCUCUGUUGGGAAUGGCACUUUCUCUGGAGUUGGGGUGGGGGUAGUGUGGGUAAAUAGAGGGAACUCAUCCAUUUGGUUGAGAAAGGGGUGAGUGCUGAUGAAGCUGCCUCUAUCCUCGAUGUUUUUGAGCUGUCAUUGAAUGAUUUAGUUGCUGAGCUCUUCCUGUGACGGUGGAGAUUGCUCUGCUCCAUUUAACCGUGACCUCUUGAGUAGGCCAGGAUAGAAUUCUGUUCAAAUCAAAUCAGGCUAUUAAAAGUGUUCAUGAAAGAGAUACAUACAGAUUCCUGCUGGCUGUGACCUCAGCUGCUGGGGCUAUACCUACAUAACAGCCAGGACCCAGGUUCACUCGGUUAACUCUGGUCGCCAUCACACUGCUGCCACACCUCCUGGAAACAGUGGUGAUUCAUUUCCAAAUCUCAGCAAUCCCUGCUGCUCCUACAUUUCCCUGACUGCUGUCUGUAUCAGGGAGAGACAGAAGACUGGCUUCAAAGAUUUCCUCAUUGUUUUUCUGUCAGACCCUAUAAACCUUCCCUGAGAGAGAGAGACAACAUUAUAUCCAGUUAUAUUCUCGAUUCUUUCUCCCCUCCCCACUGUUGUCUUUGUGUUCCCUCUCCCUCGCUGUUGUCUGUCUCCCUCUCCUUCCCCUGCCCUGGUCAUUGUCUCCUGGUUACCCCUCUCUCAUGCUUGCUGUCCCCACCCCACACAUGAACACACACAUGUUGCCUUGUGAGGGGAUUGGGAAUUUAAAUCCACAUAUCAACAGGGGGG